AAAUUGGUUAGUCCCUUGGGAUGCAAAUGCAGACUCUGGGUCGUUUUUGUUUGUUGGUUGCUGCUGCUCACUCUGUUCUUGGCUUCUACCACAGGUUUCUCCGCCUUUCCCUUCGAUUUUUCUUCAUGGAUUUUCCUUCAACCUUCAAGUUCCUCACCCAAGCCAGUGAGGUUGGUUGUGGUUUCGUUCUUCUCGGUGGUUACUACUCUCGAAUCUUCAACCUCCUUGGCCUCUUCCUCAUCUUCGCUUUCUGCCUCAAGAUCCUCACCCCUCCCACCCCCAGAUUCCGUUCUCACCCUUCAACGCCAAAGCUCAACGCUUUGGACCCUCCUCGUCAAAAGCCCUCUUCCAAUUUCACCGAUAAUCAAGAGGAGAGUACCAAGGAGGAGAGCUUGAAGGAAGAGAAUUUGAAGGAGGAUAAUUUGGAGGACGAUAUGUUCGACGUGAUGUCGCUCAGAAAACUGGUGAAGAUGGAGCGGCAGAGGUUCAACGCGGCGUGCGCGGAGAUCGAGAAGGAGAGGGUGGCAGCGUCGUCGGCGGCGGAGGAAACGAUGGCGAUGAUUCUGCGGCUGCAGAGCGAGAAGAGUGCGGUGGAGAUUCAGGCGAAGCAGUUCCGGCGAGUGGUGGAGCAGAAGCAAGAGUACGAUCUGGAAGUGAUCGAGUCACUGAGAUGGACGGUGGUGCAAUUGGAGAUGCAGAAGAACUUGUUGGAAGAUCGGUUGGGGGUUUAUAAAGAGAAAUUGAGACAGUUCUUGGAGGACGAGGAAAUUGACCAGCUUGAAGAAGGGGUCGAUUCCGAUAGCGGUUUUUUGAAUUUUUCUGUUGAGUAUGAUCUAGAUGUUUCUGCUUCUGCUUCUUUACAAUCCCAAUCUCCCCCUCACACACACUCACACACACAACCCUUGUAAGUUCUCUUGGACAUCAUGUUUCAUAAAUGAAAACUUUUUUCU